AUGGAGUACAAACAGUUUUUGGAAAAAAGACUUGUUGUUGAUGCCUUUUGUUGUGAUUGUCCUGCCAAAAGUUAUGUUUUAUUUAUUAAAGGUCAUGCAGGAUAUUCUUCAUGUACAAGAUGUCAAGUUGAAGGUGAACGGGUUAAUAAUACUACAUGUUUUUUAGGGACAAAUUUUUUGAAAAGGACUCAUAUAGAUUUUAUUAAUCGUUCAGAUGAAGAUCAUCACGUUACUGAUACUAUUUCUAUUUUAACCGAAGUACCAGAAAUAGAUAUGGUUAAUAACUUUAGUCUUGACUAUAUGCACUUGGUAUGUUUAGGUGUAAUGAAAAAGAUGUUAUUACUUUGGUUAGGUAUGUUUAAAAAAUCGUCUGUCAUGUUUCGCCUUCCUAGUAAAGAUAUAAAUAAAAUUUCUAAUCAUUUAUUAUCAUAA